UUGCACAUAAGAUCUUACGUGCUCAGCAGCUGAAGCUUCAUGAUAUCAAUGAAUGAUAUCAAUGAAUGAUACAUGAUAUCUAUCCAUAAUAUUUCAAUGAAUAGCAAGGGCAUCCAACACAUUCAUCGGGAUUUUCUUACUAUUAUUACUUCUGUCGUAUAUCUACAGAAGAUGGAUCAUGGAACCUUUUUCCUUUGCAACUUCAGAAUCUUUGGAUAUUCCCGUGAAUAUUAGAAUGUGAGUUCUUCGCAACACAACACUACAGCUUCCUGGCAUGGUCGUUCUUUUCUCUUCUGUAUAUGCGCCUACUGAGUAUUCUAUAGCGUCAACCUUGAAGGGGAGCAGACCCCGAUUCCAUUUUCCACACUCAUAAAGCGACCAGACUUGAGACACAUCGGCUCCAAUGUGAGGUACGUACCUGCAUCUACCUUCUACUCCAAACGCUUGCAUACUAACACCGACACUCUAUCGCAGCUCUCACUCGGACCUUUAUGUUACUGUACAGUUAUGGGCCGACUCGAAACCGUUGACCGUACCGAUUCAAACGGCUUACAAACCGUUCAAAAAUGAGAGGAAGUCAGUUUCAGAAAGCCGUUAGAAUUUUGAAGCUGCUAACUAUUACCAAGAUGGAAUGAGUGGCUUACAUUACCUAUAAACUGCUCGACAAUACCUUUAAGCUCUCAACUUGCGAUUACCGUCUGGGAUCUUUCUCCAACGGGAGGUGACGGGGUACAGGGACAUGCUGUGCCUUUCGGGGGAACUACUCUACGGCUGUUCGAUAAGGAAAAUCAGCUACAGAAGGGUCGCCAAAAAUGUUAUUUGCAUCGUCGAAAGGCUGCGGAUGGCCUGGAUUCCUCCUCCACGCCCUCGACUUUACCUAAUGUCCGCCGCAGCGGGACCAAAGUGAAGGGCGAAGACGAAUCAAUAGAUAAAGAGAGUGAAGAAUUAGACAGGCUGGAAAAGCUCUUCAAGAAGCAUGAGAUGGGUGAAAUUCCACGCAUUGAAUGGUUGGAUCAAUUAGUUUUUAGAGGGGUGGAGAAGCGAGGCCUACAAGCAUCUAGUACCUCGCUGAAGAACAUUCAACGCAGACGAACUAGGCAAAAAAGUGUGGUGUUGACUCUUGACGGUGCAGAGGAAAAGAAGAACGAUAUUGAAAACGAUGUAUCAGAGGACGAUCCGUCCAAGGACGAAAGAUUCACCCUUCAUGUGGAGCUACCAAGAUAUGACUUUCCGGUGGUAUUUGCCGACCAUGAAUACCCUCCGCCACCUAUAUCUUCGCUACAGCAUCUGUCUUCCUCUCAGUCAAAUAUUAUCCUCAAACCUCCUCCGGAAGUUCAAUAUGGGCCGGGCAUCAAUGGUCUGGGGGAUAGUGACGAGCAUGGCUUUGGUGGACGUCUUGUAAGAGUUUAUGACCCUGAAGUUGGAGCUAGAGACAAUCCUGCGGAGAGUAAACACCGUCGUUUGGUGCGAAGUCACCGGACUGGAGUGCUAGAUCGUGACCUCAAACCAAAUGCCAAAGUCCGGGACGAGUUAAACAAUAUUAUAGCAUAUUCGCCAACGCACAUCUUAUCGCCAGAGGAAAAGGAUCUUGUUUGGAAAUUUAGGCAUCAUCUUGCGAGAGACAAGAGGGCACUCACAAAAUUCAUCAAAUCUGUAAAUUGGAAUGACUUAAACGAAGCCCGUGAAGCGGUGGCCAUGUUGAGCAAAUGGACCGAGAUUGAUGUUGAUGACGCUUUAGAAUUACUGGGACCGACCUUCGAAAACGCCUCUGUCAGAGCCUAUGCAGUAGAUAGACUGCGAAAAUCAGAUGACGAUGAGCUACUGCUCUAUCUUUUGCAGCUGGUACAAGCUCUCAAAUUCGAGCAUAUUUCACCUGAUUCAGCUGAAGACGCGACACAUGAUUCUUCCCUCGCGCGGCUCCUUAUCUCAAGGGCAACAAAUAACUUCAUGCUUGGAAAUUUCUUUCAUUGGUUUCUCAUGGUGGAAUGUGAUGACAAGAGUGAAGAUCAAGGGGCUGGUUAUCGCAAACUGUUUGCAAAAGUCGAAUACGAUUUCAUGACUGAACUGGUAAAACAGCCCGAGGGAAUCGAGACGCGAAAGGUUUUACUGCGCCAAGCGGAGCUCAUUACGAUGCUGUCCAGAGUGUCUGAAGAUAUAAAAACCUCGAGGGACACGAUACCUCGAAAGGCCGAAAGAGUAAAGCAUUUUCUUGCUGACCCUAAGAAUGAACUUAUCACUAUAGAUCCCCCCUUACCCUUACCACUAGAUCCUUCUAUAAUGAUCACGGGUGUGGAUCCUUCCGAGACGAAUGUUUUCAAGUCAUCGUUAUUCCCAAUCAUGAUGACCUUCAAAACAACCACCAAGCAAAAAUACCAAAUAAUUUUCAAGACGGGAGACGACUUGCGCCAGGACCAGUUAGUUAUCCAAAUUAUUACUCUUAUGGACCAACUAUUGCAAAAAGAGAACUUAGACCUUAAAUUGUCACCCUAUAAAAUUCUUGCCACUGGAGCAACUGCUGGAGCUGUUCAAUUUGUUCCGUCGAUGAGCUUGCAGAGUAUUGUCAACAAGUUCAGAGGCAACACCGUACUCAACUACCUCAAAUCCAACAACCCUGAUGACAAGGCAUCACUUGGCGUUCGCAAGGAAGCCCUGGAUGUCUUCAUUAAAUCGUGUGCAGGAUACUGCGUGAUCACCUACCUUCUCGGUGUGGGGGAUCGCCAUCUGGAUAAUCUUCUUCUGGCGCCAGAUGGCCAUUUCUUUCAUGCUGACUUUGGCUUUAUCCUUGGUAGAGACCCCAAGCCAUUCGCGCCAGCAAUGAAACUUUGCAAGGAAAUGGUAGACGGUAUGGGCGGAUCCAUGUCUGAACAUUAUCCACAGUUUAAGCAGUAUUGCUUCACGGCUUAUACAACGUUACGGAAGUCUUCGAAUUUGAUUCUCAAUCUCUUCAGUCUCAUGGUUGAUGCCAACAUUCCGGAUAUCAAACUUGAGCCAGAUAAAGUUGUAUUGAAGGUCAAAGAACGUUUUCAUCUGGAAUUAAGCGAAGAGGAUGCAAUUAGACACUUUGAAAGGCUGAUUGAGGAUAGUGCGAAUGCUAUCUUUCCCGUCGUCAUUGAUAGGUUGCACGGUUUUGUGCAGCAUUUCAGAUAGAAAGUAUGAUCGGUUAAGAGAUUGGCGUUUCGGCGUGUAUUACGACCGGCAAUUUUCGUACAUUAGUUGGCGGAAUUUGAUGGUAAUACAUUUCACAUAUAGGUUAUCAUCAAUGAUACUCAGUCACAGGGUCCAGCAUUUUGGCUCAAUAUUAUCCACAAUAACUAAGUGUGAUGAGAGGACAGCGGUUGGAACUGGCUGUAGAUAUCCCCUAGUGCUUCAUGGUCCAGCAUGGUAUAGAUGGAUGGUGAUCGGAAGUUCCAAGUGACUUCCGCGUGCUGUAUGUGUCACUGUGUUCGUGAGUGGGGAGUUUGAUUUCAGAGCAUACCUGUAACCCUAUUUGAACACGAUUAGCAUUGUUCCGCAGACUGGGCCCCAGGUCUCAUACGCUUACUCAUUCCUCUCCGUCAUGAAAAAAGGACGCUAAACCGAAAUAAUCUGAUGCCUUGUAUUACAUUAUAUCACAACAAAAUA